GUUUGAACAAAUAAUCUAACUUUCCAAAAUGAACUUAUCGUAUCAUCAAACAUCCUUUAUAUGAUUAGAUGUCUUCUGCAUUGGUCUGGGAACUCAUCAAGAACAACAACUCCUUCCUUGUGAAGCGUGACGGUCUCCAACUUUCUUCUGAAUCCAACAACUUGACCAACCUCCAUUCUUUCAAGUACUCUGGUAUUGCUAACAACAAGACUGUUGGUAUCCAAGCUGCUACUCGUGGUAUCAAGUUGACCAAGAACACUAAGAAGACUUCUUCUCCUGCCAAGUCUGUUAACUCUACUGUCAUUGCCAAGUCUCGUCGCCACACUGCCAAGUCUGUUGCUAACUUGAUUGCUCGCAGCAACUACAGAGCUGAUCUCCUUCCCGCUGCUCUUGCUCGUGCUUCCGCUGUCAUCUCUUCUCAACAACCUGUUAAGCAAAAGAACUUGCGUCCUGCCAAGGGUAUCCGUGCUCUCAAGGCUUAGAUUAUUGAACAUCCUUCAUCCCUUUAUUCUUUUCUAGUUGC